ACCGUCACUAGACCAAACUUCCGAAGCAAGCCUCGUCUCUCUUUCCACGUCUCCUAUAUAUAGGCUUUGCUCACUCACCCACUCUUUGCUUACGCUCCUCUGUUUGUUAUACUCAGAUUGCUUCUAUUUGAUUUCUGUUUUUCCUUUUAGUUUUUAACAUUUCGAACCAGAAACUCGCCGGCAAUGUCUCGUCGUGGAGGUGGUGGUCGUCGAUCAGGCCGAGACCAGCAGGCUCCGCCGUCGACUCCAGCGCCGGUUCCGACGCCUUCGGUUCAGCGAGGAGGCAGUGGUAGAGGCCGAGGACGUGGCGGCAGCAGUGUUCCGGUAUAUGCCGCGGCCCCAAGGCCGACAGCCACUUCGACUCCGACGGUUGCUCAGACGGUUACUCAGGCGGGGACUUCGGCAUCUGCGUUGGCGGUUGAAGUGGAGCAGAGACUCACAUUGCCAGCUCAGCCUCCAGCGCAGUCUCCUCCAUCGUCGUCCAAGGCUGUGACGUUUCCGAGAAGGCCAGGAUUCGGAACGGUCGGAAGGAAAUGCGUCGUGAGGGCUAAUCACUUCUUGGUUAAGAUUGCCGACUGCGAUCUUUACCACUAUGACGUAACGAUUAGGCCAGAGGUCACGUCGAAGAAAGUCAACAGAGGCGUAAUGACUGAGCUAUGUAAUUUGUACGGCGAGUCACACUUGGGGAGGAAAAAACCGGCGUAUGAUGGCGGGAAAAGUAUUUACACGGCGGGACCACUGCCAUUCUCCUCUAAAGAGUUUGUGGUCAGGUUACCUGACGAUGCCUCUUCCAGUGCCCAGAGGAGGGAGAGGGAAUUUAAAGUUGUGAUUAAAUUUGCUUCGAAGCCAGAUCUUCACCAUCUCCAGCAAUUCUUGCGAAGCAGACAACUAGAUGUUCCCCAAGAAACUAUUCAAGUACUUGAUGUCGUACUCCGACAAACUCCAUCGCAAAUGUACACUGCCGUUGCAAGAUCCUUUUUCCAUCCUGAUUUGGGAACCAAAGGGGAGCUUGGUGAUGGUCUGGAAUUCUGGCGAGGGUAUUAUCAAAGUCUACGACCAAUCCAGAUGGGUCUUUCACUUAAUGUUGAUGUGUCUGCCAGGUCCUUCUAUGAGGCUAUUUGGGUUCAUGACUUUGUUUUCAAACAUUUCAAUCGGAUAGAUUUUUCGAGACCCUUGACUGAUCAAGAUCGUGUUAAGGUCAGAAAAGCAUUGAAAGGGAUUAGAGUAGAAGUUGUCCACACAGGGCAUCGGAAAAUUUAUAAAAUCUCCGGUAUAUCGUUACAACCGAUCAGCCAAUUAUCGUUUACUGAUGAUAGCAAUCAAACAGUUUCGGUGGUUCAGUAUUUUCGUAGGAGAUACAAUAUUACGCUGAAGUUUGUGAAUUUGCCUGCUAUUCAAGCUGGAAGUGAAUCAAGACCAGUUUAUUUGCCCAUGGAGGUAUGUAAGAUUGAGCCUGGACAGAGGUAUUCAAAAAAAUUAAAUAAGACGCAAGUAAAGGCCCUACUAAGGGCUACCUGUCAACGCCCAAUUGAUAGAGAACGCCGCAUAUGGGAGAUGGUCAGGAAGAACAGGUACAGUGCAGAUUCCCUUGUUAGGGAAUUUCAAAUUCAAGUAGGAGAGGACCUUACAUUGGUUGAUGCUAGAGUUUUACCACCUCCAAUGCUCAAGUAUCAUGAUACUGGGAAGGAGCCGAAGGAAAAUCCCAGAAUGGGGAAAUGGAAUAUGAUUAACAAGAAAAUGGUAAAUGGGGGUAAAGUAGACUUUUGGACAUGUGUAAACUUCUCACGAUUGAAUCAAGAUGUGCUCUCUCGUUUCUGUCAGGAAUUAGUCGAUAUGUGCAACAGUAAAGGAAUGGUUUUCAAUCGCACUCCAUUACUGAUACCAAAAAAUUCUCAUCCGGGUCAAAUUGAGAGGGAACUGCGAGAUGUUCACAGGCUGGUUGCACAAAAGGGAAAGCAACUUCAGUUGUUGGUUAUUAUCUUGCCAGAUGCUACAGGCUCCUACGGGAGAAUAAAAAGAGUUUGUGAAACAGAGCUGGGAAUUGUUUCACAAUGCUGCAAGCCUGAUGAAGCAGUAAAGAUGAGUAAGCAGUAUUUUGAGAAUGUGGCUCUUAAGAUUAAUGUGAAGGUUGGUGGUAGAAACGCUGUGUUAAAUGAUGCAAUUCAAUGGAGAAUUCCCAAAGUGACCGAUGUGCCUACCAUAAUCAUUGGUGCGGAUGUAACCCAUCCUCAGCCAGGGGAGGACUCUAGUCCAUCAAUAGCAGCGGUAGUGGCUUCUAUGGAUUGGCCAGAAGUGACGAAAUAUAGAGGAAUGGUCUCUGCACAAGCCCAUCGUGAAGAAAUCAUACAAGAUCUUUAUAAAUCAUCUCAAAAUUCUAAGGGAGAAUUGGUUCAUGGUGGAUUGAUCAGGGAGAUUUUGAGGGCAUUCAGAAUGUCAACUGGAUUGAAACCUCGAAGGAUUAUAUUUUACAGAGAUGGUGUUAGUGAAGGCCAAUUCAGUCAGGUUUUGCUUUAUGAGAUGGAUGCUAUACGUAAGGCAUGUGCCUCCUUAGAGAGUGGUUACCUACCACCUGUUACCUUUGUGGUGGUCCAGAAAAGGCACCAUACGCGCUUGUUCCCUGCUGAUCAUAGAAGUCGUGAUCAGACAGAUCCAAGUGGCAAUAUUCAACCAGGCACUGUGGUUGAUACCCAUAUUUGUCACCCUACGGAAUUCGAUUUUUACCUCAAUAGUCAUGCUGGAAUUAAGGGAACAAGCCGGCCUGCACAUUAUCAUGUGCUCUAUGAUGAGAAUGGAUUCAAUGCAGAUGCAUUGCAAGUCCUGACUAACAAUCUAUGUUACACGUAUGCAAGGUGCACACGAUCUGUCUCAAUAGUACCUCCAGCUUAUUAUGCUCAUUUAGCAGCUUUUCGAGCAAGGUAUUAUAUUGAAGGGGAUUCUUCAGAUGGAGCUUCUUCAAGUGGUGGAGGAGGGGGUGGGGAGUUUCGCCAACUUCCUCUUAUCAAGGACAAUGUAAAGGAAGUAAUGUUCUAUUGCUGAAUCAUUCCCUUUGUGGGUUCUAUUUUGGAUGACCUGUUUACGCCGUUGGUAAAACUUUUUGAAGGAAAUUGCAAUUUUGGUAGAAGAGAACUAUCAGAUGUAUAUUUGGCUUACCAUUUUCGUUAAAAAGCUUUAAGAAGGAUCAUAAGAUGUGUGCAGCUAAAGUUUUGGAGUGUAUUUUUUUGGCUUACCAUUUUGGUUAAAGUUUUAAGAUGGAUCAUAAGAUAUGUGCAGCUAAAGUUUUGGAGUGUAUUUUUUUGGCUUACCAUUUUGGUUAAAGUUUUAAGAUGGAUCAUAAGAUAUGUGCAGCUAAAGUUUUGGAGUGUAUUUUUUUUGGUACACUAUUAAAAUGCCACCAAUGUCGAUUAAUCAAAACAGAUGAGGUGCUGAACUUUCAGCGUAAAUUGUCAUGUUUUCUGCAUUCCGCAAUGCCAGUUUUAAAUCGUAAUGUCAUAAAUCUAUUUGAAGGUGUC